AUGGAUGCUCUUCAGUGGUCGGAGCCCUUGAAGGGUUUGGGCAUCCCUAGCGACUAUGCGCUCCUGAUCGACCCUGUCAACAUGGAUUCAGGUUCUUUCAGCCGUCAGUACAGUCUGGCUGUUGUCGCCUUGUGUUUAUGCUCUGCGUCGACAGGCAAGCUUGUGGGCCCAAUGGUUGGAGCAGAGAUACUUCCGUUUGGUGGGCACAACUACGAGCCUCUGCAGUCGCUCAUCCAGAAGAUCCUGGACUCGCACCCUGCUGCUUUGGGUCUGGAUUCGCUCCGGAGUCGUUGUGCCUGCGUCGGAGGAGAUGGACAGAUCGUCCGAGGUGGCUCGGCGGCUGUCCAUGGAUCCUCCGGCGUCGGAGAGCGCAUAUGGCAAAGCAUCCACGAGGACGGCGCCAGCGGUCUGUUUUUGGAGUGGGAGGCGACGGCGUGGGACAGGUUCCAUGUUGCGGAUACUUGCUUGUCCAGGGCGGUUCGUUCCAGCCCGUCAGCGUCGGAGGUUUUAAAGAUCGUCGGCGAGCUUGACUCCCUGUUCGGCAUCGGCGAAGGCAAGGUCCUUUUCGAGAGCGUUGCCAACAGGGUCGGCCUUCGCUUCGUGAAGCUUCCGACCUUGAGUGGGACCCGAAAGAUGGUGUACCUGCGUCUCAGUCUCGUCAGGAACUUCAAGCUCAUAGUACUUUGCUUGCACGCCCGGAUCUUCUGGAGACACGAAGGCAAGGGCUCAGCCACUUUGGACCGUCUGUUGUCUGUCAGCCGAAGAGUGACAGACAUCAGCUUCGUAUCCUUUCUGAUGCCUUUCGAAAUUGUGAUGGAGGAAGCAGUGUCGCCUUACGUCCUCAUCUCUCAGAAGCUGACAGAGCCUCGAGCUGCGAGAACUUCGGGCCAGGACAUGCUGAAAAAACUGCAGUCGUUCGGUGUCGCCCUGGAAUUCUUGUCGGUGUUUCUCACCGUCCUCUGCUUGCUGCGUCAGCACGUCGGCGUGUCGGAUUUGUCGAGCUAUGCCAAGGCGAUGUUCACUUGGCCGGCUUUGCGUCCGUGGCACCUGAUGCUGGCACGGCUGAUGCCCUUGAUCUUCGACAACAGCCCGAGCUUUGGAGGCUGUGGUCUUGCCCGGCCAUACGAAAGCCAUCCAAGGUCCAACAGGAUGCCUUUGCGUUUGUCUUCGCGUGUCGGUGCUGCUGUCGGCGGAGGUGAGACUGCAGGUGCCCCUUUGGACGAAUGCAACAUUGGAUUCCAGCUGGCCAUACUGCAUGUUCCAUUGGGUGUCUAUGAGUCUCAUCGCCACAUCCUGGAGGGCUUGGAGUCAAUGCGUCGGUUUGUCAGCGACGCCGUCAAGGAGCUCACUGAAGGCCUGGCAAACAAAGCCUACAAUGCCGACAUGCUCCAAGUCCUGGACUCCUGCGAUGAAUGCUUUGAUUGGGGCUUCCUUUGUUUCCAGCGUCCUCUCAGGCAUCAUGCGGACGCCUGGCGAAACGUGGUGGGCCUGUUGAAGCCCUUCUUGCAGCAUUCGCUCUGGCCAGCAAUGUCAGCGUCUGACUACGCCCAAGUCAAGAGGACAUGGGACCUGCCGGAAGCGGCUCUGCUGUUUCAAUAUGGCUUGCUCGCUGAGAGAGUUCGAUGCGUGGCUUCGCUAGCAUUCCGGCGUCGGGGCUGGGGCGCAACCUUUGACCCCACCGGCAGCAACGUGAAGACGGCUCCAGAGGAGGUUGUGCAGGCUGCUGUGGAAGAGUGGUUUGUUCUGCAGAGCGUCAGCGUCAGGCCGCUUUUUGUGCUGGACAGCAUCGAGGUGUCUGUCGGGAAGAAGCUCUCGAAUCAGUUCGUCAGCGUCGUGUCAGUGAAGAAGAUUGUUUGGACCAUCUCUCUUUUCUGUGGAUCAGUGCCUUCCUCGACGUUGCCGACUUCAGCUUACGAGGUCUUCCAGCUGUCGCCAGACCGUUUGGGUCCUGUCGGGGCCGUGCGAAGGAAGCGCAAGCGUGAAGUCCUCGAUCAGCAGCUCAUGGCGGUCGGCAGCGUCGCGACCGUCUGUGCAGGAUCCAACUGUGGCAAGAUUGUCGUCGUCGAGAGAAUGGAGUUCGCAGUGAAUUCUGCAGCUGUCAGCGCCAGUGUCGACAUGCACAAGUUCUUCCACCUGGGAGAACAGCCGUCGUCAUCGGCGUCGUCAUGGCAUGCGGGUCGCGUUCACCACAGGUAUCGGAUGCUGAAUCCAGCCUCCUCCAUCGUUGAAAGACUGGGCUCCAUCGCUCAUUUGCACUGGAAUCCACGGGAGCACAUGUCGCCCAGGGUCUAUGUCGACAAGCUCUUGCUGUCGGCCGCCCGCGUGAGUGCCUUAGGCAAUCCGCGGGACGAGCUGAUCGUGAAGGAGGACAAGACCCGUCAACGAAAGCGUUGGGCCACUGGGCGUCUUUGUCGAGUUCGUCAGUUGGAUGAGUCGGCGUCGGCGUCGCACUCAGUGUCAAUGGGGCUGGAUGCCACGGCCGGCUACGACGAAGACGACAUCUUCGAGCUCCUGCGUCCCGUGGACAUGGGGUCGGCUGUCGGGGUCACGAAUCGGACCAUGAUCCGACGACUUAAGGCCGAAUCGAAGCAGGCGGAGCUGCCGGCAAGCGUGGGCAAGCUCAUGGAGCAGCUUCAGGGUCAGCUUGCGACCAAGGGCGUCCUGGAUCCCUUGCCUUUGACUGGGUCGGUCGACAGGAAAAGAGGGACGGCCAUGGAGACGGAUCGCUUGAGGCAGUGGCUAGAUUCUGCUGAAGGCAAGGAGUGGAAGAAUCAGCGGUCAGAGACUUGGUCCACGGCCAGCUGGUCGCUCCCGGCCACAGCAGCCAAUGCCGCUGCGUCUGGGUCUGCUAAGGCUGUGUCGGCCACGGCAGCCACUGCUAAGGCUGUGUCGGCCAAAGCCAGAAGCGCGAAAACAAAAGCGAAAGGCAGUCUGCUGUCCAAAAGCAUGUCAGUGUCCAGCCACUUUUCUGGUCUGGGCACAGUGGAAGUGGCUCUGCACAUCCUGCACGCCAACCUCCCUGAAUGGAUGGCAGCGUCAGCGUCGUGGAAGACUGCCUUUGUCUUGGAUAAGACCCGUUCCUGUGUCAAUGCUUUGAAGGCUAGGCUGGCGGACACAGAUGCUUGUGUCUUCGGCGGCGACAUCGCGGACUGUGUCAAUGACGUGCCACCGAUGAGCCAAGGAAACCUUCAGCACAUCUGGACAUCCCUUGCGGGUCAGGCUGGUCAGCGUCGGCGUCGGAAUGACCCUCGCCUGGUAGGUCAGUGUCCAGUCCAAUGGGCGUUGCAUGAGAACGUCCCGGAGUUUGACGUCGACUUGAUGGAGGAGCUGCUGUCGGACGUCUACAGCAUCCAUUUGCUGUAUGUCAGCCCGUCAGACGUCGGCUUCUCAAUGAUAGCGCGGCCUCGUCUGUAUAUUCUCUUGCUUCGGAAGGGCCAUGUUAAACUGGCUGCAGAUCUUCGCGAAACUUAUGACAAGGUGAAGGCCUACUUCCGAUCCAGAAUCGGCACCUCGAACGCCGCAGCCGCGCUUAUCGCCUCUGCAGAGGAGUGCCUGGCAGCAGAGAACGACCUGCGUCGGCGUCGAGGCCUCGAGCCGGUGUCAGCUGCGUCGGCCUCAGCUGCGUCGGCAUCAGCUUCGUCGGCGUCAGCUUCGUCGGCGUCAGAUUGGACGUAUCUGUUCCUUAGCACCAUGAGCCAGUUGUUGGAAAGCGAGCAGAAACGUCUUGCUGACUUCACUGCCCUGCGUCAGAGCAAGAAAGGUGUCGGUGUCAGUGUCCACAGUGUCGCGAUGGCCAGCAAUGGAAGGAAACUCACGGCACCGACCAAGAAGGCCUUGCAGAAGAUCCCCUUGGAGGAUCUCUCCCUCGCACGCGACAGUGGAUGGAGAAGCAUCGAUGAGACCUUCGUCGCAACUUUGGUCGAGAGCAUCACCAGCGGUCAGUGGGGUCAGAGUAUCUUCGCCGGCGUCACGGUCCUGGGACCAAGUGACCUCUCUGCCGAAGACUCACGACGCUUGAUCGACAACGGCAAGCAGUGCGUCGCAGCCUUUGUCCAGGUCAAAGGCAGCCAGGCUUUAUAUGGUGUCCCAGGUAUGCGGAAGGCUCUGCGUGAGAAGAAGCUCUCGUCGGCGUCAGUGUCGGGGUCCGAGUCGGCGGAGUCAGAUCCAGCCUGGAUGUCGGACCCUGCCGUCAUUGACAUCUUGGACAACGGGCUGGAGUGUCAGCAGGUCGAAUAUGCUGAUUGGAUGGACCGGCCAUUGCAGAUCUGCUGGCAGUGCCUUUGCCACGACGAGUCGAGCAACCAGUUUCGGAAGUCAGACAUAAAGUCUGUUGUCGAAACUUGCGAGAGCUUCAAGUCGCGCUGCGUCGGCGGCAGCGGGAUUGCAAAUGCACAUUUUCACCUUGACAUGCUCGCAGCUUUCGGUCAGGGUCGGCGCUCGACGAUCUAUCGUUGGGUGGCUUUGGCAAGAUCGCUGGACAAACUCACGAUCGAAAAGCUGUACGAGCGUCGGGGCCUCGGCUUCUCCCUGGUCAUGGAAAACAAGUACUUCACCGGCCAGGGUGCAGAAGCGUCGUUCAAGUUGUCGACAGAGUUCGCCGUUGCCUGCUUGGGUCGGCUGCACGCCUUGCAGGCACAGGACUUUAUGCAGACGACGCAGAAGCACUACCAGAAGGUCCUGGACACCUCGGCUGGCGCGAAAGGGAUGCUUGCCAGGGUCAAAGACUUUCUGCAGUCGGAAAACGGCCGCCAGAAGAUCCUGUAUUGCAUCAAGAACCGGAUCCCUUUGACAGGGUCGCCUGACAUCCCGGAAUCAGGCGGCACCAAGGUCCAGGCUGAAACCCAGGCCAACGCGCUUGUGCCGGCGCAUGACAGCGGGACGCCAACGCGCUUGUGCCGGCGCAUGACAGCGGGACGAUGCGCUAACGACCCGGCGUGGACCAAGGCCGAGGAGCUCGCCGAGAGUCAGUUGUCCAGGAUGCACAUCUUCUACAACGUGGACAGGGUCGAGUUCCAGCGUCAGAUCGAGGGCUCCCUCAUGCCGCGGGAGAAAGUGCUCCUGUGUCUGGACGCCCGGACUUCGAAGCCGAAGAUCCUGACGGAUGGCCUCGUCUACCUUGUGGAAACGGUCGUCAAAAUAUGUGGCAAAGACUACGUCAAGGUUGUCAUUCCGGCAGGGUCGAGGCUGGAGCUUUUGCACAUCUUGAAGGCGAAGCUGAGGGACCAGGGCAUGCAGGCUUAUGUCGUCCAGUGCAAUAUGGAGAGCGGUCGGGGUCAGUCGGCAAACUUGCCCCCGACCUACGUGGUCAGGGGUCAGGGCAAGGCCUUCUCCGCAGAGUCGAUCCCCGGACUGAAAGACAAAGAUGUCGACCCUGCGAGCGAGAUCAACCGUGACGACAUGGAAGAACGCCAAGAGGACGAGCUUGAAGUGUCGGAGGCACCUGCCGAUGCGGACAUCACGGAAGCCCCAGCGGCAGAGGUGUCUGAAGUCGACCUUGAGCAGGCCAAGGACAUUUAUUGCUUCGCCAGGCCAGUGGUGUGGUACGAGCGCAUGCUCAAGGAGAUCGGCCAUUCUGAGUCGACCCGGAAGGUCGUUCUGCUGUCGAGGACAUCCCAUCCUGCGUUGCCUGUCGCCUGUGAGUCCGUCGGCCUUGAAGUCUUCUGCCUGGUCGAGGGGCCGAACGAGCACUCGGAGGCCAUGAUCUUCGCGAAGGACGUGCCGGUGUCGGGGUCAUGGCGCUGCGGCAUCGAUGUGGACCAGACCAACCUAGCAGAAAAGGUCCGAAACCUUCUGCAGUCGCAGCUGGUCGAGUUCUCCCUCGGCAUCGAAACCUCGCCGUGCGGCCGUAUUGUGGUCGCGAAGAAGUGCGGUUGCACGCGUUCCUUGCUCGCGACGGGCAUGGCGCUCUGCGACGUGGGCUUCACGGACGGUCUGUUGUCGGUGAAGGUGCAGACACGAAAUGGGGCUGGCAUUGCUUCUGGGUCGCCGCUAAGCAUCUCUUUCGGCGCUAUGCCCCCAACAGGGGGACUCGGCCAGUCGACACCGAUGCAUGACUCGACCCCGGUGAAGAAGUUCAGAGGGACUUUGGAGAACUACUUCCAGGAGAGUCCUGUGUCCAAGUCGGCGUCCCCAGGCACAGGGUCGGUGAACGUGGAGGACAGUGUUGCAUUGACUUACGACAAACAGGGUCCAGCGCCUGUCGUUGUCACAGCGUCGGCCGCUCCGACUCCUGUGCCCGCGCCGGAAGCCCCGAAGCCGAAUCCGCAGGCGGAGUGCCCGAAACCACCCGAGGCACCAGGCAAGCCGACGGCUGCGUCGGCACAGUCGUCGAUGCCACCGUCGAUGCCACCAGGGUCGGUGCUCCAGAACACAUUCCGCUUGAACGAUGCCAGCUUCAAUGUCGGCUUUUUUUCGUCGGCCGGGAAGGUCAAGAUCAUGAUCGUCUGUGACGUCAAGGCCAACAAGAAGCUUCCGCCGCAUUGCAUGCUCGCCUGUGUCAGAGAGGGCAAGAUCGUGAAGAUGCCCGACACAGCGUCAGCGUCGCCCGGGCAUGCGGUGCCUUACAAACUGGCACGUCAGACGCUGGUUUUCAACAGGGAUGACCUCAGCGUCAGCCCACCGCCAGCUGUCAGCGUGUCGGCCCUGUUGGAGAAGACGAAGGCGAAGACGCUGGCGGAGCACAACGAGCAGUUGAAACCUGCGUCGAACAAGGCGUUCGUCGCCACCGAUACCCGAACGCAGGAG